AUGCUAGGAAGGUCAAUUACAUUACGAACUGUACCUAGAGUUCUCAUUAGGAGAAACCUGUUCAGAAAUCCACCAACAAGAUCUCCCACCACAACUGCAGCUAUUACCAACUUGAGAUAUUCAUUUAGAGAUAUCAAAUUCAACAACAAAAUACUUCGCACAAUGGCUACCUUUUCGAAUACGGAUACUGGUGACAAACCGUCUGGGCCGUAUUAUAACAAGAACAUCGACAAUGAUGUGACCCUGAAGGAGAAGGUCGAGACUCUCACCAAGUUCGUUUCCUCGUGCAAGUUCGGCAUGAUGACAACGCACGAUGUGGUGAGCGGCAAGCUAGUGUCUCGCUGCAUGGCCGUUGCAGGCAAGGAAGGCGGCGAUAUCGACCUGACCUUCACCACGAACACAGAAUCGCACAAGACGGACGAGCUCAAGGCGGACAAGCACACCAACAUCUCCUUCUGCGACAGCUCCGGCCAAUGGGCCUCGUUCGCAGGCAACGCGAGCAUCGAGACGGACCGUGACGCCGUCAAGAAGUUCUACAGCUCUGCGCUGAAAGCCUGGCUCGGAGAUCUGGGCGAUGGCGUCCACGACGGAUCGGAAAACGACCCGCGGAUCGGCGUCCUCAGAGUGAAGACGAGCUCCGUGACGUACGCCAUCACCGACAAAACACUACCCAGCAGGAUGGCUGAGGUGGCCAAGGGUACGAUUACCGGGGAGCCGGCUAAGGUUAAUAAGUUAAGGGAGAUCAGCGAGGAUGAGGUCCGGCAGUGGAGGGCUACGGCUGCGAAGAAGACCUAA